UGAAAGUUUUUCACAAACUUAAAACCCUCGUUCUUCCUCUCUCUCCUUUUCUUUCGAUUUUUCCCAUUUCUCAUGUCCUUGCUCUUCUUCAGACCACCGUCUUCCGAGCACCGGCGACACAAUAGAGAGCCGGCGACUGACGACUCUCUUUUGGAGGUUAGCAGGUGAGAGUUCCUGGAGGCUGCAUGGGUAGUUUUUGACAGCUAUAAUCUACGCACAUCAUUGAGGCCUAGUUCCUGUUAUGGUAAAAGUGGCUAUGGAAGGCCUUAAAAAAUCAAAGGAUCGUCUAAAGUUGAAGAAGAAAAAGAAAUCACGGAUAAGUAGUCGCAUAGAAGAAGAACAACAACAACAACAGAAAGAAGAGCUGAUGUCUGAGGGAGUGGAGACAGAUGAAGGUAACGACUCCAUGUUGACAAUGAAGAAGAAGAAGAAAAGAAAGUUGAAGGACAAAAGCCUUGUUGAGAAGAAAGUGAAGAAGUCAAAGAAAGGAGAAGGGAUUAAAAUGAAGAAUGACACAAAGAAUGAUGGGGUGCUACAGGAGGAAGUUGAUGAUAAAAAUCCUAAGGUGAAGAAAUCCGGCAAAAUGGCAAAAAGGAAAAUUUCUCAAGUAUUGAGAGAAAGUGCAGAUGCAGAGACAGAUGAAGCAAAUGAGGUUUAUGAAAUCCCUUCAGUAGAUGAUGACUGCUCCAAAGGCAUGAAAAAGUGGGUCACUGAAUACCAUCAACGUAGACCCGGGUUGGAGAUUUUGCAACAGGAAAUUGAUGACUUUAUAGUUGCCUAUGAAACAAGGAAGGAAAAGGAAAGGAAAGAGAGGGAAGCACUUGCUGCAGAUGGCGGAUGGACUGUUGUUACACACCAUAAAGGUAGAAAAAAAACAAUGGAUGCUGAAAGUGGAAUCGCUGUGGGAUCUAUUGCGGAGGCAGUUGUUUUGGAAAAAAUUGCCAAAAAGAAAAACAAAGAACCAGCUAAAGAUUUUUACAGAUUCCAAAGACGUGAAGCCCAGAGAAAUGAGGUUAUGAUGCUGCAGAGCAAGUUCGAGCAGGAUAAGAAAAGGAUUCAACAAUUGAAGGCAGCAAGAAAGUUCCGUCCUUUCUGACCAAUCAAUGGAAAAAAAAAAAAGAAAAAUCAAUUUUGACACAGUUGGGGUUGCCAUCUGCAGUUUCGUUUGAAGAAUGCUGCAGAGAAUAGUUAGCAGUUGUUGUCCAACUUACAUUCCUUUUUAAUAGAAUGCAAGCUUGGGUAAAAAUAUCCACUUUUUUUUUUCCUGCUUUAUCUUUUAGUCUGAGGCGUCAGUAUGCAGCAGAUGAUAGGCAGUAGCACCAUAAUUGUGGAAACUAGUGAUAUUUAUCUCUUAUAUUGCCGAAGGGAUAAUGUUUAUUA